UCUGCUUUGCCGUCACACAGUGCGCCGUGUGUGCCAAGCCAAUGCCAAACGCGUCUGAAACUGAACUGAAUAGAAAGCAUCGCGCUCUCAUUGUUUGUUUUCAGUGCUUAGGAUAAUCAUGAGCGGAAUCCUGCGAUUGCCUUCGGCGCUGGCCAGGAGUGCGCUGUCUGCGACCCGCGGACUGUCGGCGAGCGUCUCCCAGCAGCGAGAGCUUCACUUCACCGUGGGACAAAACUACGCCCGAUCGAACCCGAACGCCAUUUCGAACGAGUAUCCGGUGGUCGACCAUACGUACGAUGCAGUCGUGGUCGGUGCCGGUGGAGCAGGUCUCCGUGCCGCCUUCGGUCUGGUGGCGGAAGGCUUCAAGACGGCCGUCAUCACGAAACUGUUUCCGACCCGUUCGCACACGGUAGCGGCCCAGGGUGGAAUCAAUGCCGCGCUCGGCAAUAUGGAAGAGGACGACUGGAAGUGGCACAUGUACGACACGGUUAAGGGUUCCGAUUGGCUGGGCGAUCAGGAUGCUAUUCAUUACAUGACCCGUGAGGCACCGAAAGCUGUGAUUGAGCUGGAGAACUACGGCAUGCCUUUCUCGCGUACUACGGAUGGUAAGAUCUAUCAACGUGCCUUUGGAGGUCAGAGUUUGAAGUAUGGAAAGGGUGGCCAAGCUCAUCGUUGCUGCUGUGUUGCCGAUCGUACCGGGCAUUCUUUGCUGCAUACGCUGUACGGUCAAUCGCUGAGCUACGACUGUAAUUACUUCAUUGAAUACUUUGCGUUGGAUUUGUUAAUGGAAAACGGUCAAUGUGUGGGCGUGAUUGCUCUGAACUUGGAGGAUGGCAGCAUUCACCGUUUCCGUUCGAAGAACACCGUUCUAGCUACUGGCGGUUAUGGCCGAGCGUACUUCUCCUGUACUUCGGCUCAUACCUGUACCGGCGAUGGAACAGCGAUGGUUGCUCGCGCGGGUCUCCCGUCACAAGAUCUGGAAUUCGUACAGUUUCAUCCGACCGGUAUCUAUGGAGCUGGCUGUCUGAUUACUGAGGGAUGCCGUGGAGAAGGUGGUUAUUUGAUUAACUCACAAGGUGAGCGGUUCAUGGAGCGUUACGCUCCGGUAGCUAAGGAUUUGGCAUCACGUGAUGUCGUGUCUCGUUCAAUGACCAUUGAAAUCCGUGAAGGACGUGGAUGUGGCCCCGAAAAGGAUCACGUUUUCCUGCAGCUGCAUCAUUUGCCGCCAGAGCAGUUGGCUCAACGACUGCCAGGUAUUUCGGAGACGGCAAUGAUUUUCGCCGGUGUUGAUGUGACUCGCGAACCAAUUCCUGUAUUACCAACCGUUCACUACAAUAUGGGUGGUGUUCCAACCAACUACAAGGGUCAGGUACUGACCAUCGACUCUAGUGGAAACGAUAAAGUAGUGCCUGGUUUGUACGCUUGUGGUGAAUCUGCUUGCUCGUCGGUGCAUGGUGCCAACCGUCUUGGAGCCAACUCGCUGCUUGAUUUAGUCGUCUUUGGUAGAGCCUGCGCAAAGACUAUUGCCGCCGAGCACCGACCGGGAGAGAAGAUCCCCGACAUCAAGCCAAACGCAGGUGAAGCUUCAGUAGCUAACCUGGACUGGGCGCGCAAUGCUAACGGAUCCAUUCCAACCUCGGCCCUGCGAUUGAACAUGCAGAAGACCAUGCAAACGCAUGCAGCCGUAUUCCGUGAAGAGAAAACACUCCAGGAAGGUGUUCGCAAAAUGGAUGACAUCUACAAGAGCAUCAAGGAUGUAAAGGUUUCCGACCGAUCGCUCGUUUGGAACUCCGACCUCGUGGAAACUCUCGAACUGCAGAAUCUGCUGCUAAAUGCCAACAUGACGAUCGUAGCGGCAGAGAAUCGCAAGGAAUCACGCGGUGCUCACGCCCGCGAAGAUUACAAAGUACGACUGGAUGAAUAUGACUUCAGCAAGCCUCUGGAAGGUCAGCAGAAAAAACCCAUCGAAGAACACUGGCGCAAGCACUCGUUGCUUUGGAUCGAUCCGGAAAACGGUAAAGUUAAGAUCGAAUUCCGCCCGGUAAUCGACGAAACCCUCAGCGAAGAAUGUAACACUGUGCCACCCGCAAUUCGCUCCUAUUAAAAACCAACUCUUUGACUACAUAUAUUUGUAACGCUGCAUCACACACACAAGAACAGGGCAAUCCUCUUUGAAAAUACAUACAGGCAAACAUGUGAAGAUGGAAGUUAAGCAACUAAGCGGCAGCUGAAACUCGCAUAAAAGAGUAUUAUUUCUAGUAUUUGAGUACCCAUUAUGAUUUUGCUGCUCAACAAACGGCGGAUACCGAAAACACAAAUUACGAAGAUCGUAACAACGUGGAUUAAACGUUGCCUCGCUGUUUUUUUUAUCCUGCUUAAAUCUAGUGAUAAUAAUCCCUAUUUAAUUGUUCGUAAGAGAAACCAGAACCAGUGGCCGCUUCGAUAGAUUCUUCGAUCGAAGAAGGUUACAGUGAAAAAGUCACAAAAUUGAAUUUAUCCUAAGCUGGACAGAGCAAAGGCAACUGUAAAUUCUGGAUAAAUGUUUAUGUUAUUGGUCUCUAAUGUCAACUACUACUACUACCAGUAGUAGUGGGCAAGUAGUAUUGUCACGCGUCUAAAUUAUUCAAGUCAAAAAGAGUUAGCUGUCUUAACUCUUUACGUUGGAUCUCUGUGUUGGAAAUCACGCUGCAAAAAAUAGGUUACUUAAUAAAAGCAGUUGUUAGUUUUCUGCUCUUUUUGCUUUAUCUUGAUCUUUUUCGGUUUUGAUUAUGUAACACAUGCGAUAAUUGAAAAUACACGUACUCAAGAAUAAUUAUAUUUAUAAAAUACUGUUCCAGUAGACAGACCAUCAGUUAUUGGAAAGAAAAGACAGAAUGAGUUUUCAAUUUGUUUGCGUUAGAAUAACCAUGUUAGUUUUGCUGGAGGAAAGA